AUGAUAGAGAAUGUUAGGAACAAAGCAGAAUGUGAGUAUAAAUUAAGAGUCAAUCCCAAAGGUUGCCUGGCUUGGUUCUGGCGGAGCCACAAGCGCAGGAGGGCCGCACCCAAGGCUAGAGGCGAGGCCAGGAAGCCACGCUGGACCAGGCUCUUGAAGGAACCGGAGAACCGCCUGGAUUCCGGGUCUGGACCUUCGCUGGGCCCCCUGUCUAGGCCCGCGGCCUGGAUCCCUAUCUGGACUCGCAGCUUGGAACCCGCGGCCGGAACAGCCAGAAGAGAGCAGCGCGCCCACCCAACGGCGAAGCCAGAGAGCCUGGGCCCAGGCUCAGCGGCGGGCCCAGGCCUUCGGAGCCGCCGCACUGCCGGCCGAGCUCGUGCGGACGUCCGUCCCCGCCGGCCUGGGCUCCCGGAUGCACUCGAUCACAGCGCGCUCAGUGCCCGCCAGUCGGCCGCCCUGACCCCGCGGCUUCGGCCCCAAGGUGAGGCACCUAGGGCGCAGCAUCUCCGGGCUCCAGCGGCGCCUGCCCGCCGCGCUCGGCCCCAAGCUGCUGGUGGGCAAGGAGUUAAGAUGGCGCGCGACGCGAGUGGCGGGAAGGCUUGA